CUCCGCCGACUGUGCGCGCGAUGCGGCCGAUUCUGCUCGACUUCGACGCAACGACCGUCACGAUCUUUUGGGAGAACACCGGGGCGGAAAAGUUUGACGUGCAGUGGAAGAAAGUGCUGGACGAAGGAUGGACCUCACUGUCCCUGUCGAGCUCGCUGAUGAAGAAGAAAAACAUGGAGGUGGGCACGAUGUACCAUUUUCGAGUCAAGGCGGCGGACGCUUCGUCGUAUGACGAUCCACUCGAGUGGACGCACCCGGAGGUGGGAUUGAACCAGCUUGCCGCACCGCAAGUUGUCAUGGCAUUCAUGCCAAACGACGUGACGCUUCUAAGCGCGACGUUGCAGUGGAAAGCGACAAACGCGCCGUUCGUGGUCGAGUACCUCAUCAUGGACGGCGUUUCGGACUGGAUCACUGCCACAUCCUCCGCGAGCUCGACUGCCAUGAAGAAGAACAACAUUCCAUACAAGUCAACUCCGUACGCGUUUCGAUUCCGUCCGACUGCAUCGCCGGUGUGGAGCCGCGCUGCAGGUCCACUGCUGCCCCCCGUCGCCGCAAUCGCGCUCACCCGUGCGAUUGCCCCGACGUUGCUCACUGCCUCUGGCAGCAAAGUUGCGUCACCAUCCCUUGGGGGAAAGGUGAUUGGGUUGUACUUUAGUGCGCACUGGUGCGGGCCGUGCCGCCAGUUCACGCCCAUGUUGGCCCAGUUUUACCAAUCGAUGCAACAGCUUGGCAAACCGUUCGAGGUCGUGUUCGUGUCUGCGGAUCGAUCGCAGCGAGACUUUGACGGAUACUUUCGCGAGAUGCCGUGGCUGGCUGUCCCGUACGACAGCGAAGAACGGGAAGCGCUCGAAGCACGCCACGAAAUCCGAGGCAUCCCAACCUUCAAGAUCAUCAAUUCCCAAGGAGCAAUCGUCGACGGAGACGCGCGCCAACGACCUCUGAACGCAGCAACGUUUGAUGCAUGGUAUGCGCAAUGCUACCGCACAUAACUAGACGAAAGCACAUCCGUCGCGCGUGCCAUGAA